CUUAAAUUAUUGUUUCUCAUAUCUCAGUUUCAAUUUUGAUAUAAAUAUGAUUUACUUAUGAAUAAAAAUACAUAAAUGUUAAUUGGAGUCAUAUUUAGUUCACUUUUAGAAAUUAUUUAAACAAUUAUAUUUGAAUAUUUUUUUUCUUUAUUACUUUGGCCUAUUUGUAACUGUUUAUUUAACUGCCAGUGAACAUGCUGCUAAAAAGAUAUUUCACAUUUCAUAAUUCGUUGGAAAACAAAUUUGAUUAUUUUCAGAAAAUCCGUUCUCAAAGUCAUAAGGACAAUAUGUGUUUAGAAGCUGUCAAACCACAGAAUAAACUUUUAAAUAGGUAUAGAGAUGUCAAUCCUUAUGAUCAUAGUAGGAUAGUAUUAAAACGGGGGUCAACAGAUUAUAUAAAUGCUAAUCUUAUUAAAGUAGAAAAGGCCAAUAGACAGUAUAUACUGACACAAGGACCUCUAAGUAAUACUUAUAGUCACUUUUGGCUGAUGAUUUGGGAACAAGAAUGUAAAGGGGUAGUAAUGCUGAAUAAAUUGGUAGAAAAAAAGCAAGACAAAUGUUAUCAAUAUUGGCCGUCCAAAAUUGGUCCAGAUUACAAAAUGCAACUUGAAGAUGUUGGAUUAUCAGUAGAAUACAUAGAACAAAAAGAUCAUUCUUACUAUUUAACAAGGCUUCUUAGACUGACUGAUACAGAAAGUGGCAAUUCUCGUGAUAUUCUGCAAUUCCACUACACCACAUGGCCAGAUUUUGGAGUCCCUAGUUCACCAACUGCUUUCUUAGAGUUUCUUCGAAAAGUAAGGGAUGUUGGAGUAUUAGAAUCAGAUGUUGGACCUGCAGUAGUACAUUGUUCUGCGGGUAUUGGCAGGUCAGGAACAUUUUGUCUGGUUGAUUCAGUUUUAAUUUUGAUUGAAAAGUAUGGUAUAAAUUCCGUGGACGUUAAAGAAAUACUAUUAGAAAUGAGAAAAUAUAGGAUGGGUUUGAUACAGACAGCUGAACAACUAAGAUUUUCAUAUCAAGCAAUUAUUGAAGGAACUAAACCCAAUGCAAAUACAGAUGGAAAAGGAGAAAAUCAUAUUAAUAAUGUAUCACAUAGUGUAGAAGAAAAUUCUGAAUCGGAAGAAGAUGAACCACCACCAUUGCCUCCUCCUAGAUUAGACAGUCUUCAAAGACCAAACGGGACAUCUCUUGAUAGGCCUCUUCCACUUAUUCCUAAUAGUACUUCUGAUCACGAUUGGAAUUAUCAAAAUAAAGACGGUGACGAAGAGAAUUACAUUCCAAGUGGGCCUUUGCCAGUAGUGCCAGCAGAUGAAGAACUAAGUGAAGAAGACGAACUUGAAGAGGAAGAUGAUGAAGAUGCUAGAUCAGAAAGUCCUGUAUCAGAUCAGUCAGAUUUGACGAAUUCGAAACCAAGUUCACCACCAAAUGAAUUGAGACAACGAAAUAGACAAGAAAGGAAAGAAAAAUUGGAAGCGCAAGUUAGAGAUAUGAAACGUCGCCAACAAGUGAAUGAGCAGUGGACACAAUUGAAGAGGCCUAAAACAUCACAUCAAGACUGACAUUUGAAAUUUUUUUGGAGAAGACUGGACUUUGAGAAAUUCAGGUUAGUUGAGGAUAAAUUUUGUGGUCUUACCUUUUAGUUUGAACUAGUCCAAUUGUGUUAAGAUCAAGGUUUUUCUUUUAGCUGGUAUUAGUUCUAAGCUGUCCUGUGUUACUGUUAAUAAUAAUAAUUAGCAAUGUCAUUCGAAUAUAAUUCAUUUUCUAUAUCAUGUUUGCAUAAUUAAAAAUGUUUUACAUUAUUAUUAUAUUAAAAUUAUUAUCCAUUUGUUAUAUCUCGAAAUACUAAUUCUUGAAAGUGUAGUUUCUGAUUUAAUAUUAGUUACCAUACUUUUAGUAAAUGGA